UUGCUUCGAACCUUCAUACUUAAAGUCAAGGAUGGCCCCCAUAUUUGCCCAACCAUGCUUUCCUUCCUUCUUCUAUGCCAAUGGGCCGCAAUAGUCGCCUCUCAGAUUAUUUCCCCCUCUGUGCAACAUGCAAAACGAGCAAUACUACCGGUUGGAUGGUCGCGAGCUCGAAGAUACUCAUCUGACGCCAUUAUACCACUCCGAUUCGGUCUCAGCCAGCCCAACACCGACAUGAGAACACUUGAGCUACUUCUCCACGGUGUUUCUCAUCCAGACUCGCCUGCCUACGGCCAGCACUGGACCCCAGCUCGUGUCGCACGACAUUUUGCGCCGACCGAUGAAAGUAUUGGGGUUGUCACCGCGUGGCUAUCUCAGAGCGGUAUCAGGUCAAAUCGUCUACAUAUGAGCAAGAGCAAAGGCUGGGUAGCCGUCAAUGCGACCGUUUCCGAGACUGAAGUUUUACUCUCGACGGAAUACCACGUUUUUGUUCACAGCGAGUCUGGCAAGGAGCAUAUUGCUUGUGAUCAAUACUACCUCCCCGCUCAUGUUGCACCUCAUAUCCAAAUCGUCACUCCUUCAGUCGAUUUCAACGUCGUUCUUUCCAAGCGCCAUAACGGCAAUUCGUUCUCUACUGAAGUAUCUUUGGGCCAGCCGCGUGCAGGCACUGUCUUCCCUCAAUUCACUGAUGCUAUUGACACGCUAGUCCCCGGUACAGAGCAUUGCGACAAGCAAAUUACGCCUGGAUGUCUUCGUGCGCUUUAUAAUUUUCAUUAUUCUCCCAUAUCUGGCGAGAAGAAUUCCUUUGGAGUCGUCGAAUACACCCCACAAGCCUAUGUCCCGUCGGACCUCGACAAGUUUGCAACCAACUUUUCCGCCUUUUCCGGACCUUCUCUCGUUGGUUCUCGCCCAUCGUUGAGUUCUAUCGCUGGUGGUGUCGUCCAGACUGCUUCGCGUAGUUUCGACUUCAACGGAGAGUCCAACCUGGAUCUUGAAUACGCAAUGAAUUUGGUCUCGGCAAAUCAGCCGGUGACCCUGUAUCAGGUCGGUGAUCUGCAAAUGGGCGCAUCUUUCAACAACCUUCUCGACGCCCUUGAUGGCUCUUUCUGCAGUUUUGAGGGCGGAGAUGACCAGGAAAAUGACGGGAUCUACCCAGACCCCCUUCCCGGCGGCUACCAAGGCCAAGAUUGCGGCAGCGUCAAGCCUGCAAACGUCAUCUCCACCUCCUAUGGAUAUAAUGAAGCGGACCUCUCUCCCGCUUACACUGUCCGACAAUGCGCAGAGUACGCUAAGCUCGGUCUCAUGGGUGUCACUGUCCUCUACUCGUCUGGUGAUAAUGGUGCCGCAGGAAAUGGUGGUCUUUGCUUGAAUCCAGACGGCUCGCAGACGAGUGGAGGUAGAAUCUUCAACCCGUCAUUUCCGUCAACAUGCCCUUUUGUCACUUCCGUCGGUGCCACGCAGAUCAAUCCUGGUGCUACAGUGGCCGAUCCGGAAAGUGCUUGUCAGCAGGUCAUCUCCAGUGGCGGUGGCUUUAGUAACUAUUUCGCGAUUCCCGACUACCAGAAGGGAGCAGUGGGAGAAUAUUUAACGGCCCAUUCACCUCCAUACUCCAACACGACUUACAACUCCACUGGCACUUCCAGGGCAUAUCCCGAUCUCAGCGCAAAUGGCGCCAAUUAUGUUACCGCGGUCAACGGAGGAUUUUUUCUCGUUUAUGGCACUUCGGCCUCAGCACCAGUUGUCGGCGCCAUGCUCACGAUGAUUAACGACGCGAGAUUAGCAAUGGGGAAGCGGCCUGUUGGCUUUAUUAACCCAACGAUCUACUCCCCGGCUUUCCGUGGUGCUUUCAACGAUAUCACAACUGGAACCAACCCUGGCUGUGGGACGAAAGGGUUUUCGACAGCUCCUGGCUUCGACCCUGUGACGGGAUUGGGGACUCCCCAGUUUGACAAGCUUUUGUUCUUGUGGUCGUUGUUGCCUUGA